AUGAAACGAAUUCAAGAAGAAAAGGAAAUUUUGGUACAUCAUCUUAAGAAGGAAAUCGGUGAUAAAACUGAACAUUUUCAGGAAUUACAAAAGGACUUCUUUGAAGUAAAAAAGCGGGUUGCAUUGUCUGCCGUGCACAGUGAAACUGGCGAGAAAUUAACUCCGGAGGAAGUGACGAAUCUUCUAAGAAAGGAAAAAGACAUUCAGAAGACAUUGCAAGAGUUUCAACUACUAUCCAUCAGAAAAAAACACAGUUUAGAUGAAGCUUUGGAUGAGAAGACAAAAUUAGGAGAAGGGUCGCUUGACUAUGCAGAAUAUGAAAUGAUGUGCAUAGAGACGGAGAAUAACAUCGAAUCCAUUCAACAAAUAAAAGAGGAAAUAGAGGACAUUCGAAGAAAAUCAUCGAAUGCCAUCAACAUCUUAAGUCACUUAACUCAAAAGUUAUACGUGGAACAAAGUGAAAAAGUUAGAGCAGAGGCAAAAGAAAAAGCUCUAAAAGAUGACCUUAAUAGCAUGAAAAAUAAGGUUUUCGUUGAGAAAACCAGGUAUUCGCGAUUGAAAGAAAAAAACAAGGAACUUCUGCACAAAUCGAUAUUGCUACAAUAUCCCGAGCUUAUUGAAGAUUACAACAGCAUUCAAAAAGACAGUGAAGCGGCGAAAACAAAAGUAGAGGAACUCAAGAGAAAAUAUGAAUCUGCUAUGAAUAUCAUUGAGAAUUAUGAUUAACGAUUUAUAUCGGGGACGGAUUCAAACCGCUAUUUUAGAGAGGGGGUCAUGCUGAAGAAUGCCCCCCCCCCCCAUAAAUAAACCUACUGUCUUGGGUACGAAAAAUUUCUGAGUCUGUUUGGGUGUCAAUAAAAAAGUUCAAAUCGGUCAGGAGUAAGGCACUUAAUAGAACAUAAGCGUUACUAAUUCAUUUCAAAAGCAAUAAAAAGAUGAAAUAUUUCAAGCAUUCCUUUUUAAAAACAUUUAAUUGAAAAGAUUACUGUAAUCAUUUUAUUCAUAAAUUAUUUUUACACAUUGUCGAUGGAUAAUAUUGUCUACAUUUUGGAGGAGAGGGGGGGGGGACCCUUCUCUUGUAUCCGCCCCUGAUUUAUGUAUUCAUCAAUAUUGUUUAGCUCCUAGCAUGAGAUUUUGUGAAAAAGAAAUACAGUGCAUUUAUUUGAUGUUUUAA